AUGGCAGACGUACCUGUUGCUGCCGACCCCGCUGCAGCUCCUCUCGCUAACCUGCUCAAGGAUGAGGUGACCGGAGAAAUGAUCUUGAGCGACAAGCUGAACCUCGCCUUGACUACCAAUCCCACCUCCAGCGAGCUCAAGCGUCGUCAGAAGCAGCGAGAGAAGGAAGCCCAGAAGGCUGCCAAGGCCGCUUCAGCCCCUCCUCCCCCGGCUGGAUCUAAGCCAGCAGCUGCCGGCGAGGAGGAACUGGAGCCCAACCAAUACCACGAGCGAAGGGUCAAGACCAUCCAAGCCCUGCGUCAGUCUCGCAACCCCGACCCCUACCCACACAAGUUCCAUGUCUCGUUGAGCUUGACAGACUUCAUCGAGCGGUAUCAAUCGCGCGUCGAGGCUGGUCAGCACCUCGAGGGGGAGAAGGUGUCGGUAGCCGGUAGGAUCCACAACAUGCGAUCAUCUGGUUCCAAGCUGAGGUUCUACGAUUUGCACGGAGAGGGUGUCAAGAUCCAGAUCACUGCCCAAUUGCAGGACCACACAGAUGGAGACUUCAUGGCAGUCCAUGAUUUGCUGAGGAGAGGUGACAUCGUCGGUGUAGAGGGAGUGCCAGGCAAGACGAAGAAGGGAGAGCUCUCCAUCUUCCCAUCUUCCAUCAAGCUGCUCUCGCCCAAUCUCCACAUGCUGCCAAAGGCCAGUGAUGGCGGUCUGGUAGACCACGAGACUCGUUACCGAAAGAGGUACCUCGACCUGAUCAUCAACGAGAAUGUCCGAGACGUCUUUGUCAAGCGAGCCAAGAUUGUCAAUUACAUUCGCCGUUUCCUGGACAACCUCGGUUUCCUCGAAGUAGAGACGCCCAUUCUGAACAUGAUUGCAGGAGGAGCUACUGCCAAGCCAUUCAUCACCCACCACAAUGACCUCAAGAUGGACAUGUUCAUGCGAGUCGCGCCCGAGCUCUUCCUCAAGGAGUGUGUCGUGGGAGGCUUGGACCGUGUGUAUGAGAUUGGAAGGGUAUUCAGGAACGAGGCCAUCGACCAGACGCACAACCCCGAGUUCUCCAUCUGCGAGUUCUACAUGGCUUACGCAGACAUGUACGACCUGAUGGACAUUACCGAGAGCAUGAUCUCCGGUCUGGUCAAGGCAGUCACGGGCGGCUACAAGGUCACCUACCACCCAGACGGCAAGAACGUCGAGGGCGGAAGGGAGUUUGUCAUGGACUUUUCCACUCCUUGGAAGAGGUUCGACAUGAUCAAGGAGCUCGAGUCGCAGCUCGGCGUCACCUUCCCGCCAGCCGACACUUUGCAGACUGAAGAGUCGACGAAGUUCCUCAGCGACCUCUGCGCGAAGCACAAUGUUGACUGCUCGGCCCCCCGAACCUCUGCUAGGCUCAUCGACAAGCUCGUGGGAGAGUUUAUCGAGAACCAGUGCAUCAACCCCUCGUUCAUCGUUGGACACCCCCAGGUCAUGUCUCCCCUCGCCAAGAGGCACCGUGACAUUCCCGGUCUGUGCGAGCGCUUCGAGGCAUUCGUCGCAACCAAGGAGAUCUGCAAUGCCUACACUGAGCUCAACGAUCCCUUUGACCAGCGAGACCGAUUCGAGGAGCAGACUAGGCAAAAGAAUGCCGGAGACGACGAGGCGCAGGGCAUCGAUGAAGUCUUUGUCAAUGCUCUCGAGCAUGGACUGCCACCUACUGCUGGAUGGGGUAUUGGACUGGACAGGCUGGUCAUGUUCCUCACCGACAGUCACACCAUCAAGGAAGUGCUCCUCUUCCCCGCCAACCGACCCGUGUCCACGGAAGAUUUCCUCUACAGCAGCCGCUUGGCCUUUGCCCACCUCGAGGGCAAGGACGGGCAGUCGAGAUGAGUGUACAUCCUCUCCCUUGUGGUCGGGCCCUGUAAGGGGUGUCGGAUGGGCGGGAGUAGAAGGCGCAUGGAGCAGCAUAUCCAGCACGUCUGCCAAGCGCCGGUAGAAGGUCAGUCCGUCCUCCCGUCCAUGCUCCUGUCCUGCUUUCACUCCCUUCUUUCCUCGGACUCGCUUGUCGCUUGACCCAUCGUACUCCCCCAAG